CAGUAUACUUCCGUGUUCUGUCUGAGCAUUCUCCCCGAUUGCAUAAAAUUAGAGAUGUUUGCUCAAAAAAUCAAGAGAAUUUGGAAUUCAAUAGACAUUCAUUUUUACAGUAUACAGAAGACAAAGCGAACAUUAUUUUGUACAUUUCCCUGUAAAAAAGAAAAUAAGGAGAUCUCCAUGGCAAACAACGACAAACAGAUUGAUGAAUCUCAAACUACAGACUCCGGGUCUACGAGAAUGCGUGUUAAAAGAUUAUCCGUAGAAGGAAAUAUUGCUGUAGGAAAAUCUACUUUUCUGCGGAUGUUGUCUAACGUUUUCCACGAGUGGAGCUUGGUCACAGAACCUCUACAGAAGUGGCGACAUGUCCAGGAGUCUGCAUCCCCUCAAAGUAUGGGCAACCUACUUCAGCUGAUGUAUGAUGAUCCCACCAGAUGGUCUUAUACUUUCCAAACCGUUUCAUGUAUGAGUCGAUUUAAAACACAGAUUGAGCCACUUUCAGAUGGGUUAUUAAAACAAAAAGAGCCUGUCCAGAUAUUUGAGAGAUCUGUUUACAGUGACCGGUAUGUAUUUGCUAAAAGUCUUUUUGAACUUGGCCACCUAAAUGAAAUUGAGUGGACUGUGUACCAGGAAUGGCACUCCUUUCUCACUGAGCAAUUCUCAGAAAGAGUUGUGCUAGAUGGAAUUGUAUAUUUAAGAGCAUCCCCGUAUAAAUGUUUUGAGAGACUCCAGCGAAGGGCCAGAAAGGAGGAGAAGACAGUACAACUUGAUUACCUUCAAAAGUUACAUGAGCAGCAUGAAAACUGGUUGGUAGAGAAGACUACAGAUGUCCAUUUUGAGCAUAUGAAAAAUAUUCCAGUUUUGGUGUUGGACGUUGAUGAGGAUUUUGAAAGCAAUCCAGUUGCAAGUGAACAGCUUGGAAACAAAAUGAAGAACUUCUUAGCUGGAAAAUAAUAUUUAUUGGUAGCAUUAUUAUUAAACAGACAGUUAAUUAGAUUUUUUAAAAGUACAAAUGAUUGAUCGUGUAUCUUUGGCAAGACGAUGGACCAUAUAAAAUCUUAGGGUACAUAG